GAGCUAAUCACUCGUGGAAACUAAAAGCUGCAGUGAACGGAAAAUGUUAUAUUGGCUUAGAAGAGAAAGUGUAGCUUAGCUGUAUGCUAACUGCAGCUUUACAGGCUUUACAGGAGGACGCGCUGCAUAAUGUAGCCGUCUGAAAGAAGACACUAUUGAUAUCGAAAUUUCUUUGAGAAAACUGUAAGCAAAGAAGUGGAUAGUACCAUCCUUACUCGGUCAGCUGAAGAGUUAGCUUACCUAGCUAGCAGGCUAGCGGGACAGCCAUUGAGAGACCCACCACCCAGAGAAUCCGAUUAAAGUCAUUAUAUCUGAUCGGAUAGAUUGGAUAUCCAGAGUCAUAAACGAGUAUAAAUCAGCCAGCAGCGUUUGAAGGGUGUGUGCCAACUGACAGAUAUCACCAUUUACGGCCUGUUUGCUUCACGGCGGCAUUCUGAAAGGAGCAUCGCUGAAACAAGAGCAAUGACGUGUUAACCUGUUGGACCUAUUUCCUCUUUCACUGGAUUACUCAUACUCUCUGGAGCGCACACACGUAACUGUAAGCAUGGCUCAGGUUGCACUCUUGAAACUGCAACCUUCACAGGCUCUUAUGUAAUAAACGCCAGCAUCAGCCUUGGAACAAACGGCACACAAGGAAAUCCCAAAAGUCUCCCAGCGGAAAGCUGGGCUUUGUUUGUACUUUAUACUUUGUCUCUCGUUCUCAUCUCAGCAUUUUGGGGUUGUCUGCAGCUUUGUAGUUUUCAUUUUACAGUCACUCCACUGAUCUGAAUGAGCACUCUGUUUUAGCAUUUCAUGUGACCUUUUGAGUUCUGAGGCAACACUGUGCCUCAAAGAAUCUUUGUACUUUAUUUGUUAUUGUAGAUGCGUAUGUUAUUGUCAGUAGAUUUAGGCAGAAGCCUGGCUUGCUUUUUUGCCUACAUCCUGCAGAUUGGUUGUGAGGACUACAGCUAGACUGGUCCAUCACUGCCUUUGGCCUUUUGGCCUACAAGCAGAAUGCUUCGACUUGGUACAGAGAGACUUAAGCAUAGCGAAGUGCAAUAUCCCACAUGUUGAACAAAAUCAAAAGAGACAUUUCUGUGUUUCCUGAGCUGGCAGAAAGAGCAACAGCUGGAAGCAAUUUCUGUGCCAUCCUCACAACACUAUCUCCAUCUCUGUAAAAAGCAAAACGGGAGACACUAAAUCUGUCACUGCCCUUCUGUUUUGCUUUCUUAUCUAAUUUUACCUCUUUCUUCAGAGAUUUUGAAAGCUUUUAACAAUACUCAGAGCCCAAACUACCUUAUUUCAGUGCAAAACUUGCAUUAACUACAAAAUCCAUGUCAUAAACAUUUUAUCCUCUACCUCUUUUAAGUUGUAAAACCAAAAGUUUUCAAUACCACCACUCAUUUAUGGUUAAUAAAGUUCAGCCACAGGGAACACUAAUUCAGCAUUAAGUGCUUUUGCCCAUCGCUUUUAUGUUGCUUUUACCAAAAACUUUAGCCAUAUACUUUUGUUAUUGGAUUGUUUUUUUUCGUAUUCGUAGCUCAUAGCUGUUUUAAGUUGGAAGUGAUUUUAAAAAUGACCUAAUUGGCUUUUAGAUAUUGAAACAAAAAUAAUUUACAAAGAAGCCAAGAAAUUUGUUGAACUUGUGUCAGAUAAGCCAUUCAUAAAAGCUUUUUUUUUUUUUUUUUUUUUUUUUUCUCUUCUCUUUUCUCCUCCCCUUUCUCUUUAUGCUGGCCUAAAAGGGUCAGGAAACAAUUGAUGGCUUUGUCUCUGUUCAAGCCUGAGUGCUGUGUGGAGUGCUUUAGUAGAGUGCAGAAAGCCUGAUUUAUGCACUUUUUAUUUUUAUUUUUUUUAAUUCAUUGCACGUAUUAUUUGACUCUUUCAGCUAUAACUAUGCAGACAAUCUGUCAUUUCUUUAUCUUGAGUCGAGGGGGAGAAGAACUGCUACUCCUCCCAUAGUCUAUCCUGUUUCCUAAACACACACACACACACACACACACACACACACACACACACACACACACACUCCUUCAAAAGGGUGGUUUCUCGGUGACGGCUCCUCCUGGUGCGCCCUGGGUAAUGCCGAGUAGCAGUAAGAGUGGGGGUUUGUCUGACCCCGCCUCCCCUCCCCACCCUACCGUUCCUUCCCGCCCCCUUCGGCCCAGCCGCUACGUUCCAGUAUCUGCAGCAACAGCCUUCCUGGUGGGAGCGACUACGCUCUUCUUCUGCUUCACGUGCCCGUGGCUUUCAGAGAAUUUUUCAGUCGCCAUACCAAUAUACAAUGGCAUCAUCUUCCUUUUUGUGUUGGCCAACUUCUGUAUGGCCACCUUCAUGGACCCAGGCAUCUUCCCAAGAGCUGAGGAAGAUGAGGAUAAGGAGGAUGAUUUCCGAGCGCCGCUCUAUAAGACAGUGGAGAUUCGGGGCAUACAGGUGCGCAUGAAGUGGUGUUCAACCUGCCGGUUCUACAGGCCACCUCGCUGCUCACAUUGCUCAGUGUGUGACAACUGUGUGGAGGAUUUUGAUCACCACUGUCCGUGGGUGAACAACUGUAUAGGCAGGAGGAACUACCGCUACUUCUUCCUGUUCCUGCUCUCCCUGACAGCUCACAUCAUGGGCGUCUUCGGCUUUGGGCUGCUCUUCAUCCUGUACCACACACAGCAGCUAGACCAAGUACACUCAGCUGUCACUAUGGGUGUUAUGUGUGUAGCAGGACUUUUCUUCAUCCCAGUAGCAGGCCUUACUGGUUUCCACAUUGUACUGGUAGCAAGAGGCAGAACCACUAAUGAGCAGGUAACAGGAAAGUUCAGAGGAGGCGUGAACCCCUUCACUAAUGGCUGUUGGAGAAAUGUGACGCGUGUUCUCUGCAGCUCCCAGGCACCCAGGUAUGUGGGCAGGAAGAGGAAGGCACAAACGGUGUCGGUUCAGCCCCCAUUCUUGAGGCCGCAACUCUCCGAGGCACAGCUGGCAGCCAAGGUGCUUGACAACGGUAUCCAUGGAGAUCUACACCGGUCUAAGAGUAGUUUAGAGGUGAUGGAGAGUCAGUCUGCUGAUGCUGAGCCGCCUCCUCCUCCUAAACCAGAGCUUAGAUACCCUGGCCUGUCGAGAGGACCUGCUGAAGAGAGCAGCCUGUUAAAUAAAGCUCCACCAACUCCCACCAUGUACAAAUAUCGACCUACAUACAGCAGCCCGGGGAAGAACCACACCGCACUGACACACGCCUAUGCCAACCAGAUGAGUCGUGGGGACAGUCUGAAGGAGUCCUCCUCCUCUCUCCUCCAGUCCAGUCAGCAGCCGGGUUUCCGCUCUGAGCCCAGUCUGGACGGCCGUGAUGGAGGAGGAGGAGGAGAGCGUGUGGGUGCUGAGCGACCCUCCGGAGGCCAAGGGGCACCGCCAGCCCCUGGAAUCUCUGCCUAUUCCUUCGGGGGGCGCUCUUACCCUUCCUUCUCCGACCCCACUGUGCUCUCCGGAGGCGCUUCUCGCUCCUCCAGCGUGCGCUCCACCUCCCAUAAUGCACCACCCUCUGAGGCCUCCAGCUACAAGAGCUCAGCCAAUCAAACGCCUCCACCCCGCAAUGGCAGCUUGUCUUAUGACAGCCUUCUUACACCUUCUGAAAGCCAGAAUUUUGAAUCCCCAUCCCCCAACCCCCCGCUUGGCUACACCUCCCCAUUUCUGUCUGCACAGAUCGCCCAGCAGCGAGAAGAGGAGCUUCACCAGCCCUCUUCCUCUAGCUCUGCCCUGCUUGCUUCACCUCACCGUGGCAACGCCUACCUGCGUGGCUCCACCUCUCCACCACCACUACCUGACCGAGAACGUGAAAGGCUGCUUCAUGACGCACAGCCCCGCCAGCAUCACCACCACCACCACCAUCACCACCAGCAUCGGCCGCCUCGCUUUUCUCGCCCUCCGCUCUUGUCUGAUUCAGGCCUGCCAAGGCCCUCUAACCCAUAUCGCACACGCUCCACAGAUGCUCCACUGCCCCCCUCCACCCACCCACCACGCACAGGUCACCCGCCUUUAGGCAAGUCUCUGUCUUACUCGAGUGCCGCAGCCGCUGAAAUGCAGUAUCGCCUUGUGCGUAAAGCCUCCGCCUCCACCUCGGCUGGGGCAGGGGGCAUCCAGGCGCCCAAGGACGAGAUUCAAAUGAAAUCUUAUAGUCGGACAAAUGGGCAGCCUAAAUCGCCUCUUCCUCAGUCGCCUUCUUCAACCCCCUCUUCCCCCUCUCAUCCAGUCAGCGUCUCCACACGACCAGGACAUGCCUAUCCCAGUGUUGGCUCUUCUCAGAGCCCCGUCCACAAGCCUGGUGGUGGGGUGAAGAAGGUGACGGGUGUUGGAGGGACCACUUACGAGAUAUCAGUUUGAGUGACGGGCAGCCGUUCGUCCAGUCCCAUGUCAACAGCUGAGCCAUGGACCUGCCUCCUCUACUCGUUCAGUCAGGGUAGAGAUUCACUACACUUUGGAAAUCUGUUGAACACAACAGACAUUUAUUGCAAAAGUUGGAGUGAAUGAAGGGCUCUAGACCUGUGCUUUACUUUUAUACAUGGGGAAAGUUUGAGCAAGCUGACCUGCUGAUGUGCGGUCAGAUAAGACACUGUGGAGGGGGGGGGAGGAGAGUUGCUUGUACAAUUCCUGGACUUCCUGACUUGCCAUUAAUGAGGAGGUGUUACACUCGAGUUUGGCAGAUGACUGGACUGCCUUGAAAAACCAAAUUAAGAAAAAGGUUGCUUUAUGUCAGCUGUGUAAAUCAUAAAUUGUAUGUUAUGUAUAGAGAAAAAAAAUGCUAAAAUUUUUCCCAGGGGUUUUCUCCAAAUGGUUGGACUUAAAUCAGUGACUUCACGGCAUAUUGUUGCCAUUUUGGACCACUGUGAUUGGCUCGUGACCAUUCUACUUCGGUGCAUUAACCAAUCAGAAGCGGAGAAAUAAUAUUGGGUAAUGAAACGGUCUAAAUUGUUGUUUAUCGAGAUGAUCCUUUUCAAGAGAGUGUUUUUGAGCAAUGGCCUUGGAAAUCAAUGAGAAAUGUUUUUAUUUAAUUUUUCAAUCUUAUUUUAUAUGAAUUUAUAAAUAGCUAUUGAUAUGAUCAAGCAUUUCAGGCGUGAUUGAGUAGCGCAGGUUUUAGGCAGGUUCUGUGAUCCACAUAUGUUAAGCAUGAAGAUCAGAGAAUCUCCUCGCAACAUGCAUUACUCGAAUGCACCCUGUGUAUUUUUUUUUUUUUUUUUUUUUUAAACUAAGGCUGAUGACAUUUGUAUCCAUUUUGGGUUUUUAACCAAUCAAGUGGGUGGGGAGGGAGACUUGCCUAAUUUUAAAUGAUGGUUGCUACAACCGCUCAGUGGCUGAGUCUGUGUCUCCAGGCUAAGACAAGCCUCAGAGUCAGCCAGGUGAAUCCUAUGUAACACUCGGCCCAUGAGAUGUAGCAUCUGAAUACACAACACACAGGUGAGCACAUUUUGUGGGAUAUAUUUUCAGAGUUACCUUGUAAAGUCUGUCUGUGAGAUAAUGUCUGCUUUGGUUUAUCAGUUCCUAUUGAAGAGACUCUCUAGUGCCCUUGUCUAGCUGACCAAGUAGGGAAUUUCAAUGGCCAGAGAGGUGGGAAACCAGUGCACUUGGAUUGGAUAAUGGUUGAACCAGUCAGUAAGUGACUGCUGUAGUUAUGAAUUAUAAAAUGCCUUUUUUAAUUUAAUUUUUACUUUUUAAAAAAAAUGUUGUGGAUAUUUUGCAAGCUUUGUGUUUCAGUGAUUCCUCAAAAUGUUGGUGGCUUUGGAAUGAAAUGUAGAUCAUGUUUGUCCAAUCAGAUGGGGGGAAAAAAAAAAAAAAAAAAAAAGAGUUUUGACAGCCACUUCAACAGCUAGUCAAUUCCAUAUGAGAAUUAAAAAACAGGAACUAUUUGAUAUCUGGAUCAGUAUGUUAAUUAAGAAGGAAAAAAGGUGUACUGUAUAGCUGUGUGUGUGAGUGAAUGUGUGUCUGUGUGGGUGAGAGUGCUUGAGCAUUGUUAAUAAACACUUUAUAAACUA